GGUCAAAGUGAGUAGACUACAUGUAUACGGGUAUGGGCGUACAUGUUAUUCUCACUAUGACGAAGUUAGCUUGCCAGCUGCCUAUUUCUUGUUAAUUCACUUAUCAAAGUACGACAGAGCCUAAAGGUUAGUAGGAGUGCCUAUGGGCUCGCCGUGGUGGGAGCGGUUCUCUCUGCUCGCGGACAAUGGCACUGCAGGCAACGACACGGGCAGCUGCUUCAGCGCGACUGAGAGCACUGUGCUACGCGGGGUCAACUUCGGCGGUGUGCCGGUCGUACUGCUGCUGGAUUUCAUUGUUUUCAUGGUGCUGCUUGGACUCUUUGCGAUCAUCAGGAGGAAGCUGUGGGACUAUGGACGCCUAGCGUUAGUUGCCGAGGGCAGCGGGUUCGGCGAGACGUCACAUCGCCGCUAUGGCCGCCUGUCCUCCCGCAUGUCCAGCGUUGAAGAGCAGGACCUAGAGAUGGCGAGGGAGCAGGGAUUCUGCUCCUGGCUGCCUUUCGUUGUCCGUAUGAGCGAGGAGACGAUCAAGGAGCGGUGUGGCAGCGACGCUGUGCAUUACCUGUCCUUCCAGCGCCACCUCAUCGCUCUGCUCACCAUCAUCUGCGUGACGUCCGUGGCCAUCAUACUGCCUGUCAACCUGUCGGGCGAUCUGUUGGGUAAUGAUCCUUACAGUUUUGGAAGAACCACCAUUGGCAAUCUUCAGAAGGACGACGACCUGCUGUGGCUGCACACAGUGUUUGCAGUUCUCUACUUGAUUCUAACGGUGGUAGUGCUGCGAUGGCACACCUCCAAAAUUAAGGCUAUCCGGACAGACAUGGACAGGAGAACUCUCUUUGUGUGCUCCAUUCCUAAAAACACCAGUGAGGAGCGUAUAAAGACACAUUUCAGCGAGGCAUACCCUACCUGUCACGUGUCUGAAGUGCACCUGUGCUACGAUGUGGCCAAGCUGAUCAACCUGGAAAAGCAAAGGAAGCGCGCUGAGAAAAACCUGCUGUACUACCAGAAGAUUCUGGCACAACAGGGUGAGAGGGAAGUGAUCAAUCCCCGGCCCUGUGGGCAGCUCUGCUGCUGCGCAACCUGUGGCUGCGAGAGGGUGGAUGCCAUUGACUUCUACAGCGAACAGGAGGCCGCGUUCCUGGAGGCGGUGAAGAGGCAGAGGGAGCAGGUGCCGCAGCAGCCGCUGGGCCUGGCCUUCAUCACUCUUAACACUGAAGCCACAGCUGCUUAUAUCCUGAAGGACUUCAAUGCCCUGAAUUGUGCGAGUGGGUCUGAAGGCAUGUCCAAUGGGGGUGCGGUUCGAUGUGGGUGUGGCCGGGAGCCCCAGCCCUCCUCUGAGAGCCGGGCCCUGAGAGUGGCCCACUGGAGAGUCAGCUAUGCCCCCCACCCCAGCAACAUAUACUGGGAGAACCUGACCUUGCAGGGCUUUCGCUGGUGGCUUCGCUGUUUGCUGCUCAACUUCUUCCUCUUCUUCCUCCUGUUUUUCCUUACAACCCCCUCCAUCAUCAUCAGCACCAUGGAUAAGUUCAAUGUCACCAAGCCAAUCUACUACCUCAAUAGUGCGGUGAUCAGCCAGUUCUUCCCCACAUUGCUGCUGUGGUCAUUCUCCGCUCUUCUACCCACGGUGGUGUACUACUCCACGCUAGGGGAGUCUCACUGGACCAGGUCAAGUGAGAACAAGACUAUGAUGUACAAACUCUACAUCUUCCUCCUUUUCAUGGUGCUGAUAUUGCCCUCAUUGGGGCUUACCAGUUUGGACGUCUUCUUUCGAUGGCUGUUCGACACUAAGUUUUUGUCUCAGGGGACGCUUAGGUUUGAGUGUGUGUUCCUGCCGGAUCAGGGAGCGUUCUUUGUGAACUACGUCAUCGCGGCGGCGCUGGUCGGGUCGGGGAUGGAGCUGCUGCGCUUGCCCGGGCUGCUGCUGUACACCGUGCGCAUGGCGCUGGCCACCUCUGCCGCCGAGAGGAAGUACAUCAAGCAGAAUCAGGCGUACGAGUUUGAAUAUGGGGCCAUGUACGGCUGGACCCUGUGUGUCUUCACCGUCAUCAUGGCCUACAGCAUCACCUGUCCUGUUAUUGUGCCUUUUGGCCUCCUGUACGCCAUACUCAAGCACCUGGUGGACAAGCACAACCUCUACUUCGCCUACCUGCCCACUCGCCUGGACAGGCAGGUGCACCUGGGCGCCGUCAACCAGGCCAUGGCCGCGCCCAUCAUCUGCCUGCUCUGGCUCUACUUCUUCUCCGUCAUCCGCACAGGGUUCAUGGCGGGCACUUCCCUCUUCACCUUAAUCAUUCUCUGCGUGACCAUCUUCAUCUGCAUCUGCUACAACUGCUUCGGACACUUCAAGUACCUGAGUCCCCACAACUACAACGUUAAGGAAGACGGUGAUGAUCUUGGGGAAGAAACAUCAGUGGAACCCUCAGGUUCGGUGUACCUACCCAGAGUUCUGCAGUCCUCGUUCCCAUUGGCUCCCUCUCCUGCAAGGCAACAGGAGCAGUCAUACGGGGCGCUGGAGGAUAACCCCCUACCCUUCACGUUUGAAGGCGACGAAGCCAGUCUGGUCUCACCCAGCUUGGAACAGCCAGAAUAAGCCAUAGCAUUAAGUUCAUUGAGUCACAUGCCAAUAGUUGUUACUUAGUCUUCUGAUUUAGGUUGUGGUUGGCACGACCACAAAAUUGCGUUUCUCUAUACUGCAUAUGUGGGCCACAGUGAGUCCCCUUUGCUGUACCUGGAACCGCACCGUCACCCCUUGCUAGCCUGACCCCUCUUGUGAUCUUGCACUGUGCGUGCUCCAUCCUCCGGGGUUGACUCUGGAGCCACACACGAGCCCCCCUGUGUGGGUGGGGACUCGACCCCCCCCCCCC